AUGAUUGGAUGACCCGCGUCAUCAGGCUUCCCAAAUCCCACUGAAGCAACAAAAUGUAGGGCGGUUCGGUCGAAACUCAAAACGCAAAAAUGGCGAAUUUGAGUCUGACCUCUGCAAUGAAGGGAUGCUCUGUGUUGCUUCUGCUAAUUGCCGCCACACUUGUUUCGGCAAAGAAGUCCGGUGAUGUCACGGAGUUACAGAUCGGCGUCAAGUUCAAACCAGCAUCUUGUGAAAUCCAAGCACACAAAGGUGAUAGGGUGAAAGUUCAUUAUCGGGGGAAACUUACUGAUGGAACUGUUUUCGACUCCAGCUUUGAAAGGGGUGACCCAAUUGAAUUCGAACUUGGUAGUGGUCAGGUGAUAAAAGGAUGGGAUCAGGGACUAUUGGGAAUGUGUGUUGGGGAGAAGCGUAAGUUGAAGAUACCUUCAAAGCUGGGUUAUGGAGACCAGGGUUCACCACCUACUAUCCCAGGUGGGGCUACACUUAUAUUUGAUACGGAGCUUGUUGCUGUCAAUGAUAAAGGAUCAGAUGGAGGAGACACCAAUAACAACAACGAGCUAUGAUCACUAUGAUCAAAAGAAUCCAGAUCAUGACCUUUUAGUAGGAGGAGAGAAUUCUAGAUUUGAUACUUUAAUUUUGUUCCCUAGUAUCUUCAAAAACAAAACAUAUGUCUUGUACAAGUAUUUGGGACACCAUUUUAACUCCUUGUUUCACUUAGGUUGAAGUGAUGAGGUUAGAGAAACUUAAAAUUGAUAUUUUAAAGCGAUUCAGAAAACUAAACAAAAAGAUGAAAAUUAUCACCAUUUUGAUCUUUUUCUCAAAGCAAAUAAGUAUUAAUGCAUUCCAAAAACCAAAAUGCUAGGGUGGAUCAGCCAAAGCUUUUUGACUAUAUAGAUAGUGUUGUGAAAUUCUGAACAUACUUCGUGAUAUGCUAUUUUUUUUAACGAUUGAUAGAUCAAUUUGGUACUAAAUUAUCUAAAUAAACCAAACUGCUAGUUUAGUUCUCUUUGUAAUUUUCUUGUUUUAGAUUGUAUUAUUCUAUUUUAAUGUUUGUUGCAAGAUGCAUACUUUCAAAUAUGUUAGGGAAAGCUUUAACUUCAGAAGAUAUGAUGGUUGAUGGCAUCAGGCCUUGUAGAUUGUUUUGGAAAUAUUCCAACAUCCUUAUGAUCCUCGGAAGAUUUGAAGUUAUGUUGAUAGAAGUUCAUGUGUUGCCAAAACAUACCACAUUUUAAAACAAU